GGUGAAUGAUUGAGAAUCAGACUGAGCUCCUUUCUGUGAGACCUCGUCCCAUGCUCCUCCCUCCUCUCAGGGGAUGGCCAAGGUCCAGGAUGGACACACAAACACAUGUGACAGCCCUGCGAUGUUAGAAGAGAGCCAGGAUGGUAUGGACAGUGGUAGCUUGACUCCUGGCCCAGCUUCAGCUCGACAGGUCUGCAUUCAGCGCCACCCCAGCCAAGGCUUUGGAUUCAUAGCAGGCAGCCAGAGACCAGUCAUUGUACGCUCCGUCUCUGCAGACGGCCCGUCCAUCGGCAAGCUUCUCCCUGGAGACCAGAUCCUGGCCAUCAAUGAGGAGGUGGUGAGCGAGGCUUCCCGGGAGAGAGUCAUAGACCUUGUAAGAUGCUGCAAAGACUCCAUAGUUCUCACCGUGCUGCAACCUCACCAGUCACCUAAGUCAGCCUUUAUAAGUGCAGCUAAGAAGGCCCAUCUGAGAACCAACCCGCCCAAAGUGCGCUUUUCAGAACAAGUGUCCUUCAGUGACCCAGACUCAACAAUGCUAAAGGACGACUCUUUGCUACUCAUACCAAAUGUGCUGAAGGUGUUCCUGGAGAAUGGUCAGAUCAAGUCCUUUACGUUUGACAGCCGCACCACUGUCAGGGAUGUGAUCUCGUCCCUGCAGGACCGCCUGUCCCUGCGUUACAUCGAGCACUUUGCCCUGGUGCUGGAGUCAGGUGGGCUGGACCAGAACCAGAGACUACACCUGCUGCAGGAGAACCAGCCGCUCUCACAUGUGGUGCACAGGACGUAUUUCCAGGGGAUGAAGUGUCUCUUCCGCAUCUGUUUCUUCCCCAAGGACCCGGCAGACCUGCUCAGGAGGGACCCUGCAGCCUUCGAGUACCUCUACAUACAGAGUCGCAAUGACGUCAUCAAAGAGCGCUUCGGCAUGGACUGGAAGUCUGAUGUCACACUGCGGCUGGCGGCGCUUCAUAUCUACAUCACAGUGUCGUCGGCCAGACCUAAUCAGAAGAUCUCCCUCAAGAAUGUGGAGAAGGAGUGGGGUCUGGAACCCUUCCUACCCCUCACUCUGCUUCCCACCAUCAAGGAGAAGAAUGUGUGUAAGACCCUGUCACAGCUGCUCAAAACCUAUCAGCAUCCGCCUCCCUCCGGCAAUAAGGUCCCUCCUCUCCAGGGAAAGCUGCAGUACAUGCGUGUGCUCAACGAUCUUCCUCCCUUUGGAGGCUUGCUGUUCCACACCGUCGGACUAGAUGAGAAGCAGUCGGCCACUACGCUGCUGGUGGGUCCGCGGCACGGCAUCGGUCAUGUGAUCGACCUAAAGAACAACCUGACCACGGUUCUGACAGAGUUCAGUCGCGUUGCUAAGAUACAGCUGCACCGGGAGAACCAGGGCGUUGCCCGCGUAGAGGUGGCCAUACAUGAGGCCAAGCCUCUGGUCCUGUUGAUGGAGUGGCCUGAUGCCAGUAACUUCGCCUGUCUCAUCUCUGGCUACUACAAGCUGUUUGUGGACCCCAAACGAGCCAUCUACUACCGGACACCUGGUCAGUCUUAUAUGAUCAAGGCAGCAUCCACCAGCCUUCUCCUCUAUUUUCCCAUAAGGACCCACUCCAUCCUCCCAUGCGAUUCCUCACCUCUCAGCCUCUCAAUUGCUCUGACAAUUCUGUCCUCAGAUUACAGAGGUUCCCACCACGCCCACCCACGCUCUGGCGUCACAGCGGUGCCUAGUGGAGACCGACGAGGGGACGAGAGGGAAAGAUCCCAUACGAGGGACCCAGGUUCCCAGUCUCAGAAGACAGCGACCGCCCCACUGCCCGCAGAGUCCCAACACCUGGGUCUAUGCCACGUCCAUCUCCGGGAGCCACAACAGCUGCAGGAGCUCCAAAUCCAGGCAGAACCCGAGCUCGACAUCAAUGAGAACUUAAUUUCCCAAGCGGUACCAGAGCGGCCCAGUGCCAAGUCUGACCCAAUCCCCCGGAGCACGGAGACGAUCGGCGAGAGGCCAGAGAGCCCCGUCCAGGAGAGCUCAGUGGUCUUCAGGAGCAGAGCCCAAACCAUGGGGCAGUCCCAGCGAGCUACACGGUUCUUCUGUGACUCCUGCAAGGCCAGGUUGAGGGCAGAGGGAGUGGCCUUAAACGGUGGAAGCAGCGGCAACUCGUCGAAGCACUGCUCCAGCGCCUGUGCCUCCCGUGAUGGUGGUGCAGUAGACCUCAUGGCCCUGCCUCCGCCGGGGAACGAAGAGGAAGAGGAAGAAGAGGUGGAGGAAGUAGGAAGAAAGCUGCAGCCUCCUCCGCCAGCCAUUGCUGACCCUCCGCCUGGCUUCAGGGACAACAGCUCGGAUGAAGACGACUCCAAGAGAGGACGGAAGUCUCAACCAAACCCAAACUCCAUCACCAGUCCAAGCACUAUAACUGGGGCAACUGCAGGCUGCAGCUCUGCCAAGGAAGUGGUACCGGCUCCAGAGGAUGUCCCGGUGACGUUGAUAGACAACGUGGCCACCAGGACAGUACGGGACCAUGCCCAGGAGCUGGAUGAUGCUCUGGUGUCCACUCUGCAGGCACUGGAGGCCCUAGCUGCAUCAGAGGAUUUCCCCCAUCACCCCCAACAGCCAGCUCAGACCACAGGGUUGAUCGUGUUGGCGGCCAUUACGCCUGAGUCAUCGUUGGACUCAGGGCACGAGACCAACUCCUCCGAGCUGACAGACGUCUCAGAGAUGGUGUCGGCCAUGAAGCAGCACCAGAACCAGGCCUACCUGCUGGCCCACCAUAUCAACAAGGAGCGUAUCUUCAGUCGCAGGGACUUCCCCUUGGCCAUACCCGGCUGCACCACCCAGACUAUAGAGGGUGGUGCGUUCUCCAUGGGUCAGAUCCGCGGCAGCUGCCCCUCGAAGCCAGUGACCCUCAGUAAGACUGUUCCCCUAAAGCUCAGCCCUGCUAAGGAGACUGCCAGUCCAGGUCUCAGCUCAGUGAAGCAGGGGAGUAACGUUACCCAAGACCCAUCGCAGAGUGAACCGAGUGAAGGUAAGAAGGCAAAAUCAGAGCCUACCAAAGCGUGCACCCAAGACCAUCCUGCAAAGUCACCUGAGGAGCUGAAAGUGUCCGAUCCAGGGCAGGCACCAAAGGUCGGCAAGGAUCAAAGGUCACCCUGUUCUACUGUGGGAAAACUAAGCCCCAAUCUCUCUGCAGGGAUCAAGGGGAAAAAGUCUGCGCCUCUGAGUCCGGACCCUACCAACAAAGCCUUACCUAUUCUCUUAGCUGUAGACAUAACUGCCUCCGCCAAGAUUUGCCCCACAAACAUGUGCCAAGAUGCCGAGACUGCCUCUAGCGAGACCAUCAAGCCUUCAAGCUCUAAUGACCUCCUGCCAGUUGAUGACCUAUUCUGCACGUGCCCAGUGAGAGAACCCGGGCCACAGCUAAGACCGAAGGAUCCACAAUCCCAGAAGGUGGUGGUGUUCCAUUCCUCUUCCCCAACAGACGAUGAGCGUCUUCGGGCCAAAGGCCUCCAACUGGCUAGCAGCAAAGAGAUCGCAGUGAGAGCAGCAGGAGGAGCAGGAGCAGACCCCGUCUUGGUCAAGCCCAGCCCCCAGGUUCCAACAAAGUACUCCCAGUCCCCACACAUACCUGUGAAAGCUGAGAGGAAGGAAGCAGCAGAGGCCAAGGCAGAGAGGUCCCAGGGUAAAGCUCAAGCUGAGCCACAGAAAUGCCCCUCGAAGACAUUAUCUCUCCUGGGAGACUCCACACACCCUACCUGCUCUGUGGACAAGGUCUCCACUUUUCCAUCUGCCGACAGCAAGAAGCAGGGUGGUGGUAAAGGGAAGGCCCAGCGUAGCGCCCCCUUCCUCAGUAUCAAGAACCUCCUAUCAGCCACAUUCCCAGCUCGGAUUCGGCGGGAGACUGACGAGCGCAGAGCCCAGCUCCAGAAGGUCCGGCAGUACGAGUUAGAGUUCCUGGAAGAACUUCUGAAGCCCAAGUCAUCCGGGGGAGAGUACCUACCCCAGGGGUCCUCGCCAGUCCCCUCAGGCACCCCCUGUGCUUGCCAGCUCCGUACAAGUCCUGUGCUAAAAGCCCCUGGCAUCUCCCGAGAGCAACGCCGCAGCUGUGACUGCAAGAGGAUGUGCAGAGGCAUCCGACUGCCUGAUACACCGGUCGGCUCAACUGCGGAGCCACAGCAGCAUAGAGGCAGAGAGAGAUCCCUCUCCAAGACCCCUCCAGCGACCUCCAAAACCCCUCACUCCCAGGGAGGUCCGAGGAGACCUCAGACCUUAGAGAUCAAAACCACCCGAAUCCGCUCGACCAGUCUGGAGUCACGGGAACCUAGGGGGGAGCAGGCUUCCUGCUUGCCCACCUGUACCUCUCGCACACCAGACUGCAUGGGCGCUCCGCAGUACAAGAAGCUCCAGAGGCGGUAUAGCAUCGGGGAGGUGGACAACGCUGAAGGCACGCCACUGUACGCCGAGGUCAAACCCAAAGCCAAGAGCCUGGAGAAGGAGAUGGAGCGAGUGAGGGCCACAGGACUGAGGCUUCCAACGCCCGUGGAGCCUGUUCACAAUCAAACUCAAACUCACACGGCUGCUGCAGCCGCGAAGGGGAAGAAAGGAGUGUUCUUCGUCCAGGGAGAAGAGCUUCUGCGGGAGAGCAAAGAGGGGGCACCGACUGAGAUGCUGCUGGGGCUGCCUAGCGAGGACAGUGACGACAGGGAGAAGUGCUGCUCCUUCUGUUUCUGCUACAGGAAAUGUGAGGAGGCGGACGAGAGCAGUGAGAAAGAAGAGCUUUCCUACUCCAUCCCCCUCCAGGUCCUGCCUGGGAUGCAGCUGGACUCUCAGACCUUGCCCGUCAUCAGCAAAACCCUCCAGGUUCUCCACGCUGAGGGCUGCAGCGGGGAGGAGGAAGAAAUAGAGGAAGAGGAAGAAGAAGAGGAACCGCAGACACAGGAGAUUGACCUCCGGGCCUGCGGGACUCUGGAGGGUAGCCUGGCGAGGGUCCAGUCCCUGCAAGGGCAAACGUUCAGCCUGCCGGACGGUUUCCUCAACGCCCAGCUGGAUGCUAAUGAGCUGCUAGCCAUCCUGCGACAGUGCGCUAACGUUCCCCAGGUGGAUAACGAAUCACGCCUCCAACCGUCCCGGAUCGCCGAGUACAAGCAGGAGCUGGCGGUGCGCUUCAAGGAGUUCAGGGCGGCGUGCAGACGGGUGGCGAGCGUCGAGAAGAGCCCCACGCGCAUGCUGAGCGUUGUUACGGCCAGCUUCCUGGUCCUCUGCGAACUGACUCAGACCUUCAUCAAGCUGGUUAGAGGGGUGCGUUCAGAGGCCCAAAGGCUGCAGCUGCUGCGGAAGGUUGAAGAGGUUGCUAUCAAUUACACUUUGUUGUUGCGUGCAGCCGAGGAUGCUAUGGGCCACUCCAGUAGUCUGCCUAACAAGAGCGUGAGUCCCCUAGUUACUACAACCACCACUAACAUGGGCUCCCUCUCUCGCCCAAUGAAAACUCUGCCCGCCCAGUAGAGACAAAGUUGGGGGAAGUUAGUGAAUAAUUAUUUAUGACAGUUGGGAGUGUGGGUGGCUGGGACCACACUCUCAACGUCCAUGAGUUAUUUAUUGUUUACAGGACAUGCAAUGAUCCAUCCAUCACAAUGCAACUGCUCCAUGAUGCGUUUCCAGGGGCUGUGGCAGUUGCAGAGUGGCCCUGUAGUGUUCUAGCAUAAAAGACAAACGCUUGGGCACCGCUGUACAAAAGGUGCCUGCACCUACACCUCUGAAACGCUGGGUCAAAAACAGGGCUAACCACUCCUCCAUGUCAACUCUCACAUUUCAAAGAUCCUUCUCAUUCUUUUCGAUGUAUAUUUGAGUUGUAUCUUUUUAGCAAAGUAUACCAUUUUGUGGAGAAUAAAUAUAAUGAAAAUAAUAUCUAAAAUGAAUUUGAGUAUAACAAAUAUAAAGAGUAAUACACCUGUAAUAAAUCUCAAGACAUUUUAAUGUGCUUUGGGCAAAAAUACCACAGAGAAUGUCAAAGUAGCGAAUUCUGUGAAUUAGGUAGUCCAAAGCCUGGGUAAGUAGUUGACGUGUUUGUUUGUUACAUUUCUAACUGUUGUCACAGAAUGAGUUAUGUUGGUCAUCUGGAAAGUAUCAUGACAUACACCUCAACAAUAUCACAUACAUCACAUUCACAAUGUUGAAAAUGGUACCUCUGCGAGAUUGUAAAAUCCACACAUUUGAAUUGGGUUGCUAUAAAACAGACAUGGGGCCCAUUUACUCACCUGUAGAAUAACACCACAGGUUGGGGCAGAUGUAGCAGAAACGCUAACUCACUAGCGGCUAACCAAUCAGCUGGGUAGGAUCAAUGUUCUUCAUGAAGGAAGGCAGCCCCGCUCUACUGUAUAAAUUGUAGUAAACCUCACAUUGCUGUCUUGGUUUGAGACACACACACACAGUACACACACUCUCACACGCUCUCACACACAACGAUCACAAUCCACAUGAAAUCUGCACCUCGCCUCUUGUAAACGAGAUGAGGUAUAUGGGAGAUCCACUUUAGCAAACUUAGCCUUAGACUUUUGCACAACCUUCAGCAUUUGCUCCUGCUCACACAUGAUCUAAGUUGAUCUAUGUUUUGUUUACAUUCAGCCUACUGAACAUUGAGCUAGAAAACAAACGUCACAUCAUACACCUUCAGUUUUAUAAACUAUUUCAUCUUAUAAGAGAUUCAAGUUGCUAUAUUCUUCUCUAAAAUAAUUUUACAGGAUUUUGUGUCACAAACAAUUCAAUGGGUUUAUACUUUUUGCUCUCUAUGUGCUGUUGUCCAUUGUGCAAUACAGGAGAUAUAUAUAUAAAUCACACAAUACAGGAGAUAUAUAUAUAAAUCACACAAUACAGGAGAUAUAUAUAUAAAUCACACAAUACAGGAGAUAUAUAUAAAUCACACAAUACAGGAGAUAUAUAUAUAAAUCACACACACAAAGUAGUUUUCUAUGUAUUUUAAUAAAACUGACACCUGUGUUUUCUGUCUGAAAACGGCUUCCUGUCUCAUCCUGUUGUCAAACCACGGAGAUCAAACAGCAUAUUGCUAACCUCAACCCGAAACUGAAACUAUUCAGACUCUGACAUUAAAGUACUGUUCAUACCAUGAGUUUUCUUUCACUGCACUACUGUCUCGCAUGUUUCCCCAAUUCUACAUGUCUUCUUGAAGAUACAAGAAGUAGAAACGGUCCCGUUACCAAUGGUGGUGGCAGAUUCAGUGUUACUACUAGUUUUAUUGAAGUGAGAAAGAAAGAAUAUACAUCCACAAAAAUAUGAGGAGGCUACUUACUGCAGUAAUGUUUUGCAAUGGACAUUCUUUACGCGGAGUUGUAUUAUUCUACACUUGAGAUGUAAAUAUUGUAAAACGGUUGGAAUAUUUGUGAGCCAGGAAAACAUUUUAAAUUAUCCCACUAACUGACAAUGUGAAGAUUGGUUCCAAAUUCUUCACUGUUUUGUAAAAAAAAAUAGAAAACAUGUCUGUACCGUAUUAUUUAUAGUAGUUAUGUUCCAUAGAAAACUAAUAGCAAAAACGUAUAUUUUAAGACUAUAUAAUGAGUAUAAAGCAUGGGACAUGUUUAUUUUUAUAAAAACUAAAUAUUUACAGUAUCAAACGGCAUUCUCUCAUCAUGACCACCUGGAAAUGUUUUCAAACAUUUUGUUUUUGACCUAAUGCUAAUAUAGAAAUAUUUUGUGUGGUUGUCAUUGUUGAGUUGCAUUGUUGCCAAACUGUGAAUAUGUCUCUGUUCCAUAACAUAAUGGACCUAUGUUCCAUGGCCUAUUCCAUUGUGUUUGUUGGCACUUAUUUAUUUACUUUUAUUUAUUUGUCAAUAAUCUUGUCUUCACUGUGUUCUUCUGUCUGUACAACGUUUCUCAUGUUUUAAGAGCAAUAAAAUUAUAAUCCUCGGUUUAGAAAUGCA